GGAGUUAGUCUUAGCUGAUUCUUUUGAUAGACAGUCUUUUAGAAGUUGCCAAUCUGUACCUCGAUUUUCUCAUUCAUUGAUGGUAAAGUGUAGAUACAUGUUUUGGCAAGGAAGUGAAACGGUCAUUUGAGGUCUGUUGUCAUUUGGGGUUUUGAUCCUGAUAACUAUUCUGCACUGGACUGUUUGUGCUCCUAUUUGUUUUUAUCAGAGUUCUUUAUAUCGUUGCUCAAGAAAUCCAUUUUAUGAGGACUUUAUAGAUAAGGGAUCUAGAGUAGAUCAUCUUCCUUUUGUUAUUCUUUCGAAAAGUUCCCCUCUUUUUUCUUUACUUUUACCUUUUUUGUGGUGGUGGGGCUAUUGGAAGGUUUCUCUUGAAGCAUAAGACCUGAAGAUGGAAAUAGAAAAAUCACAACCUUAUGGUGAAGGAGGAGCAGAGGCAAUAUUAAAUGCUCAACCCAACGCAUCAAUCUCUAUUGCUUAUCACCAUCUCUUUGGUCCUCAUGAUGAUUUAAUGCUUCUUGAGCUUGAUGAGAAGCUCCUACCUGAUAUCCUCAAUCAAAGAGUAACAUUAAGAGGGCAGCCAGAUGAAGAUGCAGUUCUCUGUAGUCAGUCGAAAACUUAUGCCAUUAAAUUUGUCGGAACUUCUAAUUCUGUAUUCCUUAUACCUCCUUCCAACCUAUCAAUCGAACUUGGAGCUUCACCAAAAUCAAGCGAAAAGGAUCAUGGCAAUUCGACGGUUGCUUCUGUCAUUAAAGUCGUACCCGGGAGCAUGGAACUUGUCGAGGUUGCUCCUAGAUUGGACAAGCUCAAAUUGCUUCUCUCAGAAAACCCUUAUAGUUUUGAUGAAGUGUCACAAAUGAAUACCGAAUCGACCCACAAAAGCAGGGGCUUGUAUGCUUGGAAUGACCUUAUUGAGAAGGUUCAAGCAAGUGACGAGGAGCUGUGCACAGGGUUGCGAGCUCUUUCGGCAGUAGAGAUAGAUGGAUAUUGGCGGCUUUUAGAUGAGAACUUCGUGGAUGAGAUUCUGAACAUGCUUUUGCAUAAUGCAGUGCUGAAUGACUGGGUUUUAAUUGCUCUAAACGAAGAUGACGUUUUGCGUGUGCUGGAAGCAGAUGGAUUUCCUCGCAAAAUAGUAAGGCAUUGUUUGGAAGUUUAUGGAAGUAAGUUGGACGAUGAGACUAGAGGAAGCUGUACAUGGAGGUUGGAAGAGAGGCCGGUUUGUGUGCAUUUCGCUAGAGUAAUCCUAAGAGGGAAAAAAAUGAAACUUGAAAGAUUUAUGGAGGAGUGGAGAAAGAAGGUUCCAGAAGGGAUGAAUGCAAGUUUUGAUGUGCUAGAAGGGGAAGUCUUAACCGAAAAGCUCGGGAUAGAGACUCGGAUUUAUGCUUUUAGUGUUUCUUCACUGCCAUCUGUACCUGCUGAACGGUUUUCCAGAUUAUUCCAAGAGAAGCCGAAGUGGGAUGGGAAAGAACUGCAGCCAUUUAUCAGGGAUCUGAAGGUACCAGGACUUUCUUCAGAAGGUUUACUACUCAAGUACACGAGAAGAAGUCAACCAAGCGCGGAUGCUGAACCAAUUUUCAGUGCAAGAUAAUCUUUGUGAGGGCCACAUGAUUUCCUCGUACAUGUUCCAGAAAUGGAUGGUUUACUUGACUUGUAAAGAGGAAGGAGAUGAUGUAAUGUAAACUUGAUUUUGGAAUUUGUUAACAAGUUUACUGUCUAGUUGCUUUGCCUUUGCAAUCGUUUUGGGAUAUACUCGUCUCGCUUGUUUUAAUGCACGUAGCAGCUCCUUAGUCUAUUGUAUCAUGUAACAGUAAGAACUGUAACAAGGAGGAGACUAUUGAGUUGCAUCUUGUGUUUUGGAGCU